AAAAAUCCAACAAAAUUUCAUCCGUGGCCGAAAUCGUCUGACGUGUUUCCAUUCCGCAAGUAUUCUUAAGUUUUCCGUGAAAAUCUCUGGAAAAGCCGUGCAUUUCACAAAUAUUUCAGCAUGUUUAACAUUGCAACUCACAUGGACUAUGAGGGGCAGGGACGCGCUGAGAAGCUAUCUCGAGUGAUCAUCACUUUGUUCGGUGUGGUCGGUCUGAUCUGGGGCUACAUCAUCCAACAGUUCUCCCAAACGGUGUACAUUCUGAUUGCCGGUGUGCUGCUGGCUUCGAUCCUUACCAUUCCACCAUGGCCGAUUUAUCGUCGCAAACCAUUGAGCUGGCAAAAACCCCGACCAGAGCCUCAAUCAACCACCGGUGGAACGGAAACCGAGUCCAGUAAGAAGAAGAAGAAAUAGCUUUCUGGGGAUCUCGUAUUUGAUAAGAAUUAAAAA